UAUUCUACUUAUUACUACAUCACUUUAAAUCCUCGUAUUUUAUGAAAACGCACUUAAAAAAUAUUCUUCAUUCGAAAUAUCUAUGCGUUUAGCAGUCAAUUUAGCUAACUGAAACAGACGACAAAAACAAAGAGGUUUGCAACGUAGCCUCUUGUUUCUGCCCUCUUUGUAACACUCUGGCAGCCAUUGGUCAUAGAAUGACAAAUCUCAACUCUGAUUGGUUAUUCCUUCUUAGUCAGAGAAGAAGGAGGAGCAAAACAAACCGACCUGUGUAACAGUGGAGUAUUCAGAUUCAUUUUCGGACACCGCUGUUACUGUGGAUUUUUAUGGAUAAAAACACAUUUUAAUGAAAAAGAAGCUGAGUUCAUGAAGGAAGAGAAGAUGAAUGUGGAGGCUCUAAGUAGAGCCGAGCUGCUGACUCUCCUCAGUGUCCUGGAGGGAGAACUUGAAGCUCAGGAUGUGGUUAUACACACUCUCAGAGCUCAGCACAGAGACUCCUUCAUCCAGGAAAGAUAUGGACACUACAACCUCAGUGAUCCUUAUCUGGCUCUGCAGAGAGACAGUGAGGGCGAAGAGCGGCAGAGCUCCUCCACGCAGCAUCACAGUCAUAACACCCAACAGCGGAACCGGAACACAGGCCCGAAUCCCCUGGCGCUCAUCAAACUGGUCAUGACUAACUGUAAGAGGAUGCAGGAGAGGAUGCUGGGACAGUUGGCUGCAGUCGAGAGCAGACACAGGAAGGUGAUAUCCGAAAUGGAGGAGGAGAAACUUCGUCGAUUGCUGGAUUCCGCACAGAGCAAAGACUUUGCUGCCGUACUGCAAACAGAGAGAGAUGCCUUGCUGCAGCAGUUGGAGUUGGAACGCGCCGCCGUACGGAGGCUGGAGUUGGAGCAAUCCCAGUUAAUGACCAGGAUGGAGGAGCUGCAGCAGGAGCAGCUCUCCUCUCUGUCCCUGGAGCUACAGAAAGCCAGCAGCCAGGCCAAGGAGGAGGCGCAGAAUGUCUCCCAGCUCCGUGCCACACUUCAAAAGGAGAGUGCUGCCCUCGAAGCCCUGCAGAAGGUUCUGGAGACCGAGCGAAGCAGGGCAGAUCAACUGGAGGCCAAGUCGGAAUGGCGGCAGGCCGACUUUGACAUGGAACGGGAGCAGAUGAAAGCCCGAAUAACCAAAGAGGAGGACAGGAGCAGAGAGCUGGAGAAGCAGCUGGAGGAACUGAGAAAGAGGUUGGCGUUAGUCGAAGGAGGUACAGAAGGAGUGAAAGACUCUAAGGCCAUGUUGGUCUCUACCUCUGUCCAGACCGACCCUGCUGGAAGAGAGACGCUAGCCCCAAAUGCCUCCCUGUUGUCCAAAAUCAACGGACAUCAUGGUCAAAAAGAGACGACGAAGGAGGUAAAAGAAGCCGAAAAUGGAGCAUCGGACAAUGAAGGAGGAGAAGCAUCCUUACAUUCUCCUCUUCACCCGACCCCUCACUCCCCAUCCAGCCCUGCCUCCUGCUCCCUGUCCUCUUCCCCUGUCUCCUCCCCCGUCCUCACCAAGCGUCCAGGAUUCCAUCAGCCCUCUUACCAGGCUGGAGUCAAUCAGAGAUUCCAGGCGGCUCGCCACAAAUUCCAGAGUCAGGCAGAGCUGGACCAGCAGCAGGGAGGCCCUCUGUCUCCCAGGGACCUCUCCCCUACCACCGCCUUGGUGUCCCCCCCUCCGGAGCACAGCACAGCCAAACAGCUAGCCCGGAACACUGUGACCCAGGUCCUGUCCCGCUUUACCAGCCAACAGGCCGGAGUGAAAAUGACUCAAAUCAGCAGCUCACCAUUCGGCACGGACUACAGAAAUCUAUCGCCAUCUCCCUCUGGAGGAAGGUCUCCAUCUUCAGGACCCCUGUCUCCGGGAAUCCGCUCGUUCGUCGCUCCAAACUCGGAAAAAACACACCCUCCGCCAAUUCCUCCGAAAAGACCUGGAAUGAGUCCGACGCCAGGUUCCCCGAGUCAUUCUCCUCGGACGAGUCAUUUCCCGGAGUUGACCGGAAACAACAACAGCGUGAGCCAAGAGGGGGGCAAAGAGCCUGAUGCGCUCUUAUCUUCCAGCAGCUGAAAAUGUGCCUGAGGCUAAUCAAAGCACUGUUGGGUUUUUGUACCUAGUGUAGUAGAACCUGGGAGCACACUCCGGAACCCUACGUCGAUCCGUGUGAAGACCAGGAAAAGUUUCGUCCAUCCUCUUUUCCAAAGUCAGUUUGGGUUUUCUCGACCUUCAAGGAUAAUCUCCGCUAAAUCAUUUGCAUGUAGCACAACCACAAAAACUGGCUAACACCCAAAUAAAUACAGUUAUGUUUGGAACGUUGUCCUUGGAACAAAAGUAUUCUAGUAUCAGGGUAAGGGUGAUUAACAGCAGUAAUCAACAGCAGGUUUUUUUUUUUUUUUUUUAAUGCCGAUUCUGCGACCUUCGCGGUUCGUAAAUAUUUCUAGGAGCUGA